GUGCGGACGAGCAGUCAAGCAUAUCGCACUCCUUAUGAGGGAUGCUGAUGUCAGGUUUCUGUGUCGCACGGGGAGUGGCGCGGAGGGCGGCGGAUGACGAGAUGGCGUUGGUUCGGGCGGCAGCGUGGGCGUGGUACCAGCAGGGAUCCGGAAAGGUCGUCCGGGAGUCCGACGACGGCCGGCGAGUCGGCGUCGAUGCCGCCCGAAACAUGCCUCGGCCGUCCCGCUACAAGCUAGAGGCGCUCGCCGCUUCAAAAGUCUGCCCGGCCAUCGCCUUGCUCGACGUCUACGAUGUCGAAUGGAUCACGAGGGAGCUGGAUCGUGUCACCAUGGCGAGCAGAAGCAGCACGGGAGGUGGAGACCGGCACCGGCGGAGUGCGAAGGACGCGGCUGCGUUGGAGGGGAUGAGGAGGGCGAGAGGAUCCUGGGCGCGGCAUGCGGUGGAUAUAUGCUGGUCGAAAGGGGACGUAGUGGAGGAGGCAGCACUGUCUCCGCGCCGGUGGAGACAGACGCCGAUGACUCCGGUGUCAAAGGAGGUCAAGCAGCGGUUCCGUGGGAAAGGAGGAGGCGGCCACUGGGAGUCAGAUAAGGUGUAAUUCGUUGAUGCCGGAGGAAUGGAAGGAGACAUAAUUAAUAUAUUCUUGCUGAUUGUCUGCUACUUCAAAAGGAUGCCAUCAGUACAUUCUCUUGUAUUCUUAUGUGUACAUUCUUUGUAUUCUUGUAGAUUGAAUUGUCGAAAUAUUAAUAUAAAAAAACUCCAAAUAUUAAUA